AGAGAAUAAAGGUCCUUUUCCAUGGUCUUAGUAGAAGACGAAAUAGCUGAAGAUGCAGAGGCAGAGAACGGUUCAGUGUACAGAUGAAUUGAAGCAGCGCGCGCACACACACACACACACAUGCUUGUUGCCUUAUCUCUCAGUCUCAUAGCGGAAGUGAUGGAACUUCCCUUCACUCCUCUUCCUCUUUCUGAGCUUUGACCAUGAAAUCUCAAUCUCCACCCAUUAAUUCCCUCCACAACCCACUCUUCUGAACUCGCCUUUGCGCGAAGGCUUGUAGCAUUGCUCGAAAUCCCUUCGUUUCUUCUCCUUCUGCUAAUCCCAGACGACGAAUUUAUUUCAUGGACUACGAGAGGAUCCAGAAGCCUCAGGCUGCCGGUGGAGGGGGGUUUUCGCCCGGGAAGCUUAGGAAUAUGCUGCUUGGGUUGGAGAAAAAGAGGAAGGAAGAGGAGGAAGAGCUUGGAUCCACUUACGACUUGAGAUCUCAACCUUUGCCGAUCGAUGAAGCUGGCACUAGCGGAUCUGAUAUUUGCAAAGAUGUGGAUGUGGUCAGUGUCCUUCCAGAAUGCUCGACUUCAAAAAAGGCUGAUUCACUGGACUCGGAGAUGAUUAAUGAGCACAGGUUGAAGGACAACACUCAUAAUUCACGACUUAGGAUGCAGGACGAGCCUUCUCUAGAUUAUGAUAGUGGACAGGAUGCUUCCACUCUGCUCACUUCAACCUUUGAGUUCCAGAAGUCAGAGAGGUCCACACGAGUUACCCUGGGGCCCUUCUCUAAGCCAGCACCAUCCAAAUGGGAUGAUGCUCAGAAAUGGAUCGCAAGCCCUACCUCAAAUAGACCCAAAACAGGGCAAUCUCAGAUGCAGGCUGGACAUCUUUUUGGAUCACGAAAAUUAGGUAUUGGUAUUGGGAAUCGUCAACCAUCUCUGAAGAUCGUGGUUGAGGUUCCAGAUCGGAAAGUGGCUGCUUUUGAAGAACCAGAUACAAAGCAGAUUGAUAGUGAAGCUAACUUUGGAAGUGUUGCCCAGAAGUUUGUUACUUGGGAUGCUAAUCCAUACACAGUAGCAGAUACACAUGGCAAGCCUAUGUUGAUGAUUGAGAACUCUGUUGGAGAGUCAGCAAUUAGUCUUAGCCAACAUGAUUCAUCUUUGGCCAUUCAGACUGCAACUACAUUUAUUCCUCCUCCCACGACUGCUCGUUCUGUCUCGAUGAGAGAUAUGGGUACAGAGAUGACACCUAUUGCAAGUCAAGAACCUUCUAGGACUGGAACUCCUGUGAGAGCAACAACACCAAUGCGUAGUCCAAAUUCUUCUCUUCCAUCAACUCCUGGGAGAGGUGCACCAAUCUCAUCUCCGACCACCGCAGCUAAUGAUCGUGUAGAUACUGACCAGGAGUUAUCUGAGAAGGAGAUGCAAUUAAAAACUAGAAGAGAGAUAAUGGUUCUCGGCACACAAUUGGGGAAACUGAACAUUGCUGCAUGGGCUAGCAAGGAGGAGGAGGAUAAAGAUGCUUCAACGUCACUUAAAACUGUUGCAACCGAACGACCAGCUAAAAGUGUGAUAGAAACACGAGCUGCAGCAUGGGAGGAUGCUGAGAAAGCCAAGUAUAUGGCUAGGUUCAAACGUGAAGAGAUGAAAAUUCAAGCAUGGGAAAAUCAUCAGAAAGCGAAAACAGAAGCUGAAAUGAGGAGAGUUGAGGUUAAAAUAGAGAGGAUGAGAGGACAGGCGCACGAUAAGCUGAUGAACAAACUAGCGGCAGUUAGACACAAAGCUGAAGAAAAGCUAGCAGCAGCAGAGGUCAAGAGAAACCGCCAAGCUACAAUAGCUGAGCAGCAAGCAGAUUAUAUUCGCCAAACUGGUCGCAUCCCUUCUUUAUUUUCCUGCUGCUAUUGNUUUCAUUGUUUUAAAUCAUUUUUUCUAUAUGCGCUUAUAGAAGAAAAGAUAUGGGCUGCUUCAUAUUUUGUACAUUAUCACUUUUAUGUUUUCAAAGAGGUGCCAAAAAUAUGA